AUGUUGGUCACGCAGCAAAAUAGGGAUCGCUACAAUGGUAAAUUACCUUACCCUUUUCCUAUUCUCCCUCAUACUCGCCUCCCUCUCUCUCACACGCCUCCACUCUUUCACGCCACUCUCUCUCACGCCGCCACUCUCUCUCACGCCACCACUCUCUCGCUCACACCGCCACUCUCUCUCUCUCUCUCAUGCCAUUCUCUCGCUCUCUCUAUCUGUCCCUCUCCCUCUAUGUGUAUAUGUGAUUUAUUGAAUAUUUUUACGUUUCUCUUUUUCCCGUUUCUUUCUGUUUCUAUUUACUUCAUCCUCUGUUUUAAAAUUUUCUCACUCUCAAUCGCCUUUAUCCUUCACACUCCACUCUCUCUCUCUCUCUCUCUCUCUCUCUCUCUCUCAUGCUCUUUAUUUCUUUAUCUUUCAUGCUCUCUUUCUUUGAUUUCUUUCUCGGAAUUCUUAAGUAAAAAAGAACGCGAGAAAAAGAAAAAAGAGAAAAUGACUUUUCUCUCUCUACUCUCUUCUUAUCCUCCUCUCACUCUCCUCUCCUCUCACUCUCCUCUCCUCUCACUCUCCUCUCCUCUCACUAUCUCUUCCGCUCUAUCUCUCACACACUCUCUCUCUCUCUAUUUUUAUUUUUACGUUUCUUUCUUUCUAUUCCUCUCUAGGUUCUUUUUUCUAUUUCUUUCUGUUUAUGUUUUCUUUCUUUACUUCGCCUUAUCCUUCUCACUCUCAUUUCCUCGCUCUCUCUCGCUCUCUCUUCGAUUUCUUGAGUAUAUUUUAUAUUUAUGCUUAUCUCUUUCUAUUUCUUUCUUUGUUUCUUUUUAUUUCUUCCUCUCUUUCCCACCCUCUACAUUUUUCCUAUCCCCACCUUUUCGUGUGUCCAUCACUCUUGCCAACAUAGUUAUUUCUCAGUUCAGUUCUUCUCACUUGUCUCAGCAGAUCCUUUUAUCUACCAUUUACGGCGGAAAUUACCACAAAUUGAUUCGCGCCGGUGCAAUCCAACACCUUUCGUUUUUCAUUACCAUGGCAACGAGCCAAAUUCACGUUCCGUAA